UUAUAGUUUUUUGAAAUUUGAUGAUUUAUCCCAUGCUAAAAGUUUAAUACACAAUUUAAAUGUUUAUCAAUUUAAAAGUGACCUUUUCUUUGUCUUUUCUUUAAAGCAAAAUUUGACAUCUCUUCACGUUUUGUACUACUUGCCCACAAGAAAAUUGCAACAAUUUCUUUUGGUACACGGUUUUAAGCACUUUUCUGUAAAUUAAAUUAUGACUAUUCGUUUUGAACGUUUAUCAUAUUCAUUUAUUUACAGGUCUUAUUUAUUUGUGUGUUAAGAAACGUAGAUAAAGUUUUUGUUUUUAUUUUUCAAAAAAUGUUGUUUUGGGCCAGUUUACUUAUGAACAGGUUGUUUAGUGUUAUGUUUUAUUUUAAAUUAGUCAAAUAAAAAAUUUAUCAUACAACCUCGUAAAUCGCUUUAUUCAAAGGCUUUUAAUUAUUGUUGCAACACAUUACUUUUGUUAUAAAAAAAUCAAAGAAUAGGACAAAAAAAUGUUUACAGCUCAACCUAACCCAACCCUAUCCGUACUUUAAAAAAAAACAUUUUGACAUGUCUAAAAUCUUUAUAUAUGUAUUUUUGAGUAACUAAGCUUUAAUGUUGCGAAUGAAAAUUUCUUCCUUUAAAACUUUCAUCAUCUUUACUACUACAACUUUGUAAAUUGAUGCAAUUAUAAUAAUAAAAAUUAUACUUACAUUAUUUAUGAUCAUGCAAGAUUCUUAAAAGCUUUAAUCUUUAUUCCUUUUUGCUUCUUAAAAUAUGAAUUAAUAAAGUAAAGUUUGAUGAUCCAAGUCACAUCUAACUGCUACCCAAUUUUCUUUUUCAUAAAAAACUCAUGAUCUUCAACUUUUUUUGGGUCCCUUUUGAAUAUGAUGGUUUCUCCUAGCUCCAAGAAUCCUAUUCUUGAUCUGGAUCCAACUCUAUGAUCUCAUAAUUGACCCAUUUGAUCAAUACAUGGCUCAUUAAAUUGGUUUUUAUUUUUACUAUAAUUGUGUCUUAAAAUCUUGAAAAUUUGAUGUGUUCUUCGGGUUUGACUUCUCUAUGUUCUUCAGGUUUGACUUUUUAAAAGAUUGGUUCUUGGUUCAUUUUAUCCCCAGGAUCUUGAAUUUUUCAUCAGAUUUAAUUUCUGCAAAACCGAUUGAAAUCAUGGUAGAAGAUCACGAUAAAGUUGAUAAAGCUGUGAUUGACUUUCGGUCAACCGAAGAGUGGCUAUCAUAUGCCAAAGAUCUUGUACCUGUAGCUCUCGAAAAGGCCAGAAAAGUUAACGGAUUUCCAGGAAGGUGGAAAAUGAUCAUAUCAAAAUUAGAACAAAUCCCGGCUCGAUUAUCAGAUUUAUCGAGUCAUCCAUGUUUCUUGAAGAACACAUUAUGCAAAGAACAACUUCAAUCGGUUUCAAAAACUUUAAACGAAUCAAUCAAAAUGGCAGAAAAGUGUUCAAAAGAGAAACACGAAGGAAAACUCCAAAUGCAAAGCGAUCUCGAUGCGUUAUCUGGUAAAAUCGACUUGAACCUACGAGACUGCGGGCUUUUGAUAAAAACUGGGGUUUUGAGUGAGGUUGCAUUGUCGAGUUGUACAUUGUCUGCAUCUGAAGGUACAAGUCAUGGAAGCUAUAGCGUUACAGAGUUAUUAGCUCGGUUGCAAAUUGGGCAUCUGGAAGCUAAGCAUAGAGCUCUCGAUAGUCUUGUUGAUUUGAUGAAAGAAGACGAAAAAACAGUUUUGCCCUUCUUGGGACGAAGUAGUAUUUCGGCUUUGGUACAACUCCUUACAGCUACGUCUCCAAGAAUUCGGGAAACUACUGUUACUUUGAUUUGUACGUUAACAGAAUCGGGUAUUUGUGAUGAUUUGCUCGUAUCCGAAGGUGUUUUGCCGCCUUUAAUAAGGCUACUUGAGUCAGGAAGCUCAGUCGGAAGGGAAAAAUCCUCAAUUGCCCUUCGAAGAUUGUCGGUAUCACCGGAGAUCGGGCGGGCAAUAGCGGGCCACGGCGGGGUGCAACCGUUAACGGAAGUAUGUAGUUCGAGUGAUUCCGUUUCCCGAUCUUCGGCAACUUGUACUUUAAAGAACUUAUCUGUGAUUCCUGAUCUCCGACAAACCCUAGCCGAAGAAGGUGUUGUGACCAUCAUGAUCGGAUUACUCGAUUCCGAGGUAUUAUCGGUAUCGGAAUACGCGGCAGAAUGUUUGCAGAAUCUAACCUCGAGUAAUGAAGAUCUCAAAAGAGCGGUUAUCACCGAAGGUGGAGUUCGCAGUCUUUUGGCGUACCUUGACUCCGGCCUACCGCAAGAAGCGGCAAUCGGGGCAAUCCGUAACCUCGUGGGGUCCGUUUCGGCUGAAACCCUAAUUUCCCUUGGACUGCUUCCGAGACUUGUCCACGUACUUGAUUCUAGCUCGACCGGAGCUCAGAAAGCGGCGGCCGGAACCCUAAUUAGGGUUUCCGAUUCGCUGGAAGUGAAAAAAGUCGUGGGCGAGAGCGGAUGCAUCCCUUUGCUAAUCAAAUUACUUGACGCGAAACCGAACGAGGUUCGUGAAGUGGCGGCGCAGGCGAUCGCAACCCUAAUGACAGUUCCUCGGAAUGUUCGUGAGGUGAAACGGGACCCGCGGAGUGUACCGGGUUUGGUUCAAUUGCUUGAUCCGAGCCCACAAAACACGGCUAAAAAGUAUGCGGUUUGUUGCCUUGGGGUGUUAUCGACCAGCAAGAAGUGUCGAAGGCUUAUGAUAUCGUAUGGCGCAAUCGGGUAUUUGAAAAAACUUACGGAAAUGGAUAUAAUAGGAUCAAAAAUGCUGUUGGGAAGAUUGCAAAGAAAGAAAUUUGGAAACUUUUUUGGGAAAGAUUAGGGUUUUGUGAUGUGAAAUGCUGUUUCAUAAUUCAUUGUCUUGCAUGAAACAUUGUAAGUUAAAUGUAUGAAUCAACUUGGGAUGUUUCUAUAAGGUUAUAAAAAGCAAGGUUAAAUGUA